AUGGGAGUGCCGGCUCCGCGCGCGGCCAUAUGCAUGGCUGGCCCGGCCAACCGCCUGCCGCCCCAGAAGACGCUCGACAGGGCCGGCCUUGCAGCCCAGGUUUUGGAAGCGGAUGCCUUCGCAUUGCUGGCGCGGAAGGCGCCGCCUUUUUGGCAGAACUCCCAAUUUCCUGCUCAGGUGUACUACGAGGAGGAUGGCCGAGGGCGAGAGGCAUUGCUGGUGGACUACCAACGCUUCAGUAGCGGAAACAACACAUGGGAGGCGCACAGAGAUGAGCCCUACAAGUACUGGAUAUUUGCACGCCUAGAUUGGCACUGGCUUUACCUCCCUCCCUCGCUGUCUCUCUUCGAGCAGGUGGAUCCGGCAAAGAUUUGGAUCCCCGAUGGCGCAGACUGGGACGGCAUCAACGACCGCUUUGCGUUGGUCCCGCGACACCUUGGGGAGCGCUACUUCGGGCGGUGGAAGCCGAUUCUCAACGGCUCCUACGUGCCAAUGCUGGCCUCGGCACAUGCUGGGCAAUUGGACCCCAGAAUCGAGCGGGGUCCCGAGUGGUCGCUGCUGGCAACGCUGAGCCGUAUACCUGUCGCGCGCUUCGCUGCGAUCGGGGCGGUGUUGUGUCCCAAGAACAGUCGCCGUGGGCGGCAUGGACGCUGCACCAGGCGCGAUAAGGAGUCGGACUUGUCUUUCAAGUACAGCGCAGAGGUCAGUGAGGCAAGUGCCAACGCUGCCCGGCUGCUGAAGGGUUGGACCUGGCAGCCUGGCGCAGCGCCUUUGCUGGAGCCCCCAUGCUUCAAGGAUCCAGAGGACGGCCUCGCCUGCUGCAGCCGGACGCUUGGGCCUUGUGGGCUGCGGGCUUGGUAG